AUGAAUGUCAGGAUGUUCUCCCUCAUGGUGGGCAUCUUCUCUGUCCUUAAUACCACCCAGUUCUUCAUCUUUGACCUGAACCAGAAGACACACAUUUGCUGUGAGGCCAAGUUCAGCAUCUACGUGGACUCAAAGUCGGAGCUAGUCACUUGGACCCUGUUCCACAGGGCUAAUAUCAGCACUGGCCUCUCCCUCACCACCAUCAUCAUCAGCUGCUUCCUCCUUUAUUGUAUCCACAAGAAUAUCUACAUGGGGCUGCUGAUCUAUGCCAUGUGGAUCAUCACUUACGAGCUCAUCAACUUCUCCAUAGUCCUGCUCCUCAACGGGAUCAUCAAAGAUCACUUCAAGACGCUGAGUUACUUGCACUGGAUCUUCCAAAUCUCACGCAUGCUCCUGCACUUUUUCUGUCUGCCCUUCAUCGUCAAGCAUGCAUACAACCUUUACAAGGAAUCCCAGACUGUGGGCAGGAAACACCGCCACAGGCUCUGCUCCGCCAUUGCAGUGAACUCAUGA